CAAGGAGUAUUUAUAUGUUUUCCAUGUGAACCAAUAGAUCCACUGCGGUCGCUAUUGCCAGUAGAGGCGUAGUCGAAUCUGAUGAAGUUGCUUUUGGCUGGUUCACAACAUACCUGUUAAAUCUCAGAUGAACAACGUAAAUAAGUCACAAAUUUUCAUUUUCCGAGUUCAGCCAUUUUCCGAGGCGGGUGCGCAGCUGGAAGACUAGAGACUAAAAAAAAUAGCUUUUUUCCCGAUUACGAACAUGGCAAAGAAAGGAGGUAACAGCAAAGCCGAAGCGGCCAAAGACAAGAAGGCCGCCGUCAAGGCCGAAAAAGAUAGAGCCAAGCAGCAGGAAAUGGAAGCCAAGGAAGCCGAUAAAUGGGCCCAAGGUGCCAAAGGCAAGAACAAAAAAGAGGCAGAAGCAGAAAAGAAGGCUGCUGCCUUGGCCAAGAAACAGGAAGCUGCUCGUCAAUUGGCCGAAGAAGAAAAGGAGCUGUCAAAGUUCAAGCCAACCGCUAAGGGAUCCGAUAAAAAAGCUGCAAAGAAGAGUGCCAAGGUGGAGGCGGAUAGCCAUGCCCGACGUACCAUUCCUGAAUUUUCCGCGAGCAAUAUUGACGAUGCUAUCGAUUUGUUAUCAUUGAAUGACGAUGGUUCGGGUCCUGUCAAGGCCAAGGAUAUUGAAAAGCAUCCUGAGCGUCGUUUCAAGGCUGCGUUGGCUGCUUAUGAAGAGCGUGAAAUGCCUCGCUUUAAGCAGGAACACCCUGGUCUUCGUCAGAGUCAGCUGAAGGAAAUCAUUUACAAGGCCUUCCAGAAAUCGCCCGAAAAUCCUUUCAACCAACAAAACAUUGUUCAGUACAAUGCCACCUCUGAGGACGCCAAGAACCUCAAAGAACGUCGUCGCAAGGAAUUGGAGGAUCGGCUUCGUGCCUAAGGCCAACUAGCCGUGAUGGUUUCCGAGACAACUCCCGUUAUCCAUACCAAAUGCUGUUUUCAUAGAAUAAAAGUAGAAAAGCAGCGGAUGGUAUGAGGGCUUCGUUUAAUUUCACAGUAAUACGCUUAUAUUACCCAAUUUUUUGCUGGACAACCAAACAAGCCAUUAACUCCCUGCUCUACUUGAAAAUACAUCCAUUUUCCGUUGUCUCCACCUGUUAAAC